UGGAGUUGCUCCCCUGCGGUGCCACCUUCGCACUCUGCUGUCCCAGCCACAGCAGCCAGCGCGUCCCCGACAUGCAGGGAGCCCAGGCGCCGCUGCUGCUGCUGCUGCUGGGCCUCAGGCUACAGCCGGCCCCUGGCAUCAUCCCAGUGGAAGAGGAGAACCCAGCCUUCUGGAACCAAAAGGCGGCCGAGGCCCUGGAGACCGCUAAGAAGCUGCAGCCCAUUCAGACGGCGGCCAAGAACCUCAUCAUCUUCCUGGGGGACGGGAUGGGGGUGCCCACAGUGACCGCCACCAGGAUCCUGAAGGGCCAGAUGCAGGGCCAGCUGGGGCCGGAGACGCCUCUGGCCAUGGACCACUUACCGUACAUGGCGCUGUCCAAGACGUACAGUGUGGACAGACAGGUGCCAGACAGCGCAAGCACGGCCACCGCGUACCUGUGCGGGGUCAAGGCCAACUACAGGACCAUCGGGCUGAGCGCGGCCGCCCGCUACAACAACUGCAGCACAGCCCGGGGCAACGAGGUCCUCUCCGUGAUGUACCGCGCCAAGAAAGCAGGGAAGUCUGUCGGCAUAGUGACCACCACCAGGGUCCAGCAUGCCUCACCGGCUGGCACGUACGUACACACUGUGAACCGCAACUGGUACUCGGAUGCCGACAUGCCUGCCUCAGCGCUCCAGGAGGGCUGCCAGGACAUCGCCACACAGCUUGUCUCCAACAUGGACAUCAAUGUGAUCCUGGGUGGGGGUCGAAAAUACAUGUUCCCCUUGGGGACCCCAGACCCCGAGUACCCAGAUGAUGCCAACUCCACGGGAGUCAGGCUGGACGGGAAGAACCUGGUGCAGGAGUGGCUGGCGAAGCACCAGGGGUCUCGGUAUGUGUGGAACCGCGCAGAGCUCCUCCAGGCGUCGCAGGACCCGUCGGUGACAUACCUUAUGGGCCUCUUUGAGCCUGUUGACACGAAAUUUGAGAUCUACCGAGACCCUGAGCUGGACCCCUCCCUGGCGGAGAUGACAGAGGCGGCCCUGCAAGUGCUGAGCAGGAACCCCCUCGGCUUCUACCUCUUUGUGGAGGGGGGCCGCAUCGACCGUGGUCACCAUGAGGGUUCAGCGUAUCGCGCACUGCAUGAGGCGGUCAUGUUCGACAGUUCCAUUGAGAAGGCCGGCCAGCUCACCAGCGAGCAGGACACCCUGACCAUCGUCACUGCUGACCACUCCCACGUCUUCACGUUUGGGGGCUACACCCUGAGGGGGACCUCCAUCUUUGGGCUGGCCCCCCUCCUGGCCGAGGACGGCAAGACCUACACCUCCAUCCUAUACGGCAAUGGCCCUGGCUACAUCGGGGACCAGGUCCCCCGGCCCAAUGUCACCGAGUCGGAGAGUGGCGACCCCAACUACCUGCAGCAGGCGGCCGUGCCCCUGGCCUCGGAGACGCACGGCGGCGAGGACGUGGCGGUGUUCGCGCGCGGCCCGCAGGCGCACCUCAUGCACGGGGUGCAGGAGCAGAGCUACAUCGCGCACCUCAUGGCCUUCGCGGGCUGCCUGGAGCCCUACACCCCCUGCAACCUGCCGCAGCCUGGCCAGAACAGCACCACGUCCGCCCCGGCCCCGACGCACGCUUCCCUGCCGCUGUUGGCGGGGACUGUGCUGCUCCUGCUGGGGGCCACCGCUGCGCCCUGAUCCCACCCCAGGGCCCCACUCCUCCUCCCCUCCCCACCUGUCCCCCUCAGACUCACCCUGGAUCCCCCUACUGGCUCCCCUGCCCCCUUUCGGGUUCUUCCUGAUGCCCCCAUUGAAGCCUCAACCUCCCGCCCCAUCUCGGCCUGCCCCCUGCUGGGUCCCUACCGGGUUUUCCAUCCAGGAUAGCCAAGUCUGGGCGCUCAGGAGCCUCCACUUUGCCCUAGCGACCCAGGACAGGCAGACACAGGGGCCUAGCAGGCUGAGGCCUAGAGGCCCACACCCUGUGACCUGGGGUGCUGCUCUAGGACUCCCCUUCCCCACACUACCCAGCGGGCACUGCCCAGAGCAUCCCCUUGCUGAGCCACUUCUGGCCCCGCCUCAGAGGUGGGCCCCGUGUGACUUCAGUCACUGCUGUGUCACAGGUACCCGGGAAUGAGCCUGGCUUCCCGACACCUCCAACCCAUGUGCAACUCACCCUGCAACUCACCCUGCAGGGUCUCAGCAAGGCCAUGACACCGUCUCUGGCUGUCCUCACUGAGCCACCUCUACACCCCAGCCCCCAUCAGAGCGCCCGGUGGGUCCAUCACACACACCAGGCUGGGGAAGUCAAGGGGAGCCUGGGAAGCUGCGGACGGGGCAGGCAGCACAGAACAGCCUGUGGGCCACUCCGAAGAAGAUUCCCCGUCCUCCUGGGUCUGAUGGGAAAGAAAAAGCAGUAA